GAUCGACCGCGGCCGCUACGGGCAGGAUUCCCCCAAGGUGGAGGUCAAGGGCCUGCUGGUGGCUCCCGUCCCCAUCAACGGAGUUGCAGAUCGCCUGGGCUGUGACCCUCGCACGCGUUUCCAAGUUCCACCAAACACCAAGCAGUGGAUCGCUUUACUACAGCGAGGAAACUGUACAUUUAGAGAAAAAAUACUGCGAGCAGCUUCACAUAAUGCCACAGCUGUGGUCAUUUACAACAAUAUAUCCAGUGAAGAACCUGUCACGAUGACUCAUCAAGGAACUGGAGACAUUGUUGCUGUCAUGAUUACAGAAUCAAAGGUUAAGGAGAUCCUGAAUUACUUGGAAAAGAAUAUCUCUGUCCUGAUGGCAAUAGCAGUGGGGUCCCGUGUUCCUCCAAAAAACUUCAGUCGGGGCUCUCUUGUCUUUGUGUCAAUUUCAUUCAUUGUUUUGAUGAUAAUUUCUUCAGCAUGGUUAAUAUUUUACUUCAUCCAGAAGAUCAGGUACACAAGUGCACGUGACAGGAAUCAGCGUCGCCUUGGAGAUGCUGCCAAGAAGGCCAUUGGUAAAUUGACAACCAGGACAGUAAAGAAGGGUGAUAAGGAAACAGACCCAGACUUUGAUCAUUGUGCUGUCUGCAUUGAGAGUUACAAGCAGAACGAUGUUGUUCGCAUUUUACCAUGCAAGCAUGUUUUCCACAAAGCCUGUGUGGAUCCAUGGCUUAGUGAGCACUGUACAUGUCCAAUGUGUAAACUGAACAUUUUGAAGGCACUGGGAAUUGUGCCAAACGUGCCAUGUACAGAUAACGUAGCCUUUGACAUGGAAAGGCUCACCAGAGGCCAGCCAGCUAGCAGGCGAUCAGCGCUCGGCGAUUUUGCCAAUGACAGCUCUCUCAGCCUGGAGCCCCUGCGCACCUCUGGGAUGUCACAGCUUCCACAGGACGGGGAGCUAACACCAAGGUCAGGAGAGAUCAACAUUGCUGUGACAAAAGAAUGGUUUAUUAUUGCCAGUUUUGGCCUCCUCAGUGCCCUUACACUCUGCUACAUGAUCAUCAAAGCCACAGCUAGCUUGAAUGCUAAUGAAGCAGAAUGGUAUUGAAGAAAUGCUUUCCAGCCGAUUGCCUUGGAGGGAGACACCUAUUUUUAUGCAUCAUUUAUCGAUCAUGCAGCACAAGCAAUUAUUUAGUACAUUCUAUUUUUUCAUAAAAUUUGCUGAUGCCAAAGCUUUGUAUUAAGGAAAAAGUGAAGAAAUAAAAAAAAACCUUUAAUUAUGAAA